GCUUGCAGCAGACUGAGAGGAGAAGCAGAGUGUCUGCACUGCACGUCUGUACAAGCUGCUCACAUCCUAGGAACAAUACGUCCCUCAGGAAGACGAGAUCCCCAAAAUGAAUGCUUUUCAACCAGAAAUGCUUUUGUGCUCCACCUUCUCCUGACAAACAUGGGCCACGGAUGAUUACAAUGGACACAGAGUGUCGGACUAGUAAAGAAGAUUUGAUCUGCUUUGGUUGAUUAAAUAUUCGAAAAGUACAUCAUGGAGUCUGCAAAUCAGAAAACACAGUAUCACCAGCCGUGGAAGAUUGACAAGUCUCGAUAUAGUAGAGAAUGGGCACCGAGGAAGCAGCUAUGGACCUCUGAGGUGGGACUGUUUGACAGAGAGAAAAGCGGUCUCUUUCUGAAACCACAGUCUCUGCUUCAGUUUGCGGAUAGCAGCAGACAAGGUCUACAGUCCAGAUUUAGAGAAAAUGGUAGUACACACCAUGUCCUGCAACAUUUACCUUCCAACAGCACAUGCAUGAGAGAGGACAUUGUUUUUCCUAAUUUUUACAAUCAUUUAGGGUUUAUGCAACAAGAAGGCCCAUACUAUGGUGCGGUCUCCUCGCAAUGGAUUGCUGCUGGGACAGAACUAAUAAAAUUAAACCCUGAACCUUUUGCCGCCCCACUUCUAAAACCUCCUUGGAGCUUUAUCCAAAAUUCUUCCUUCCCAGAGAGAGGUCGGAUGUGGAAUCCUGCAGUCAAACCACAAUUACAUUGUGAGUAUCCACCCAUGGAAACUGUCAGAAAUAUGGAGCAGGACUUUCUUAGGCCUUCAGCUUCUUACACAUCAUCUCCAGAUUCCAAAGGAGGAUCUUAUCAAGAGAAGAUAAACUUAUCUAUUAAUCAUCCCUUGGAGGAUCCAGCGAUCGGCCUGCCAUUUGCAACUUGUGAACCAGAAAAUGUCAGUUUCCACUCCAACAACAACAGUCCACCUGUAAAUGGGACAAUAGACCUCACAGAUCCAUCACAAGAUAGCAAGGACGAGAGCACAUGCGAGAGCGAGGAAAAUAAAUUCCUCUUAAUUGAUGAUCGGGGAAUCCCGUACACAGUCUUCAAAAAGGACCUCAUAAAUUCAGAAGAAACCGGUGGCGAACUUGAUGAGGAUUCGCAAAUCCCUAAAAGAUUUCAUUACUGCCCCUUAUGUUUUAGGUCAUUCCUUUACCUCUCUGACUUGGAGAGACACAGCAUAACGCACUCGGAGCACAAACCGUUUGAGUGCAAAGUGUGCGGAAAGAGCUUUAAACGGUCGUCUCAUCUGCAACGCCACAAACACAUUCAUACGGGGGAGAGACCGUUUCAGUGCAUUAUCUGCAAGAAAGGCUUCCGGGAAUCGGGGGAACUUCAGAGGCACCAGAGGGUACACACAGGGGAGAAACCAUAUCAGUGUGAACUUUGUCAUCUGCGAUUCACCGAAAGAAACACAUUGCGCAGGCAUACUAAACGGAAACAUUUAAAGGAACUGCUAUACCAACAGGACCCGGGAGAUAGCAGUGACUGGGGUGAGGUAGUAGAAGACAUCGCUACAGAAGAUAACAUAGAAUGAGUUCUUGGGGGGGUCAUACUCUAUCCUUUAUUUUACGUAGUUGUUUAACCUGCUGUUGUUGUGAACAAUUCCUUCAAUCGGUUGAUAAUACCGCAAGUGUCAAAAGAAUGGGGUAUUUACAGGAACAAGUGUAUUGUUGAUGUAUUCAUUGUACUUGAAAAUUAAUGUCUGGCAGAACUGUUUUAGAAACAUAGAAUAGUUAAAGGCAUAUUGGAACUUAGAUACGUAAAUAAAGUAUUAGGGCAAUGACACAUGGGCCUAAUUUUGCCCCAGCAAUGCGCUGCUAAUUGUUUGGGAUUAAGCAGUAUGUACUUCUGGCGCUAUAAAUCAUAAUAUCCAG